UCUCUCCUUUAGAACUCUCUAGCAUCUAUCUCAAAACUUCUCCAGUUUUCAUCCCCUUUUUGGGUGCUCGGAAGCUUCCGAGCUUUUCGAGCUUUUGAUGCACAAGCAGUCAAAGGGCUUCUUAAGCAUGGUGGAGCCGGUCAACCAUACUCCUAUGUUCGGUGACCACUUUAGAUGCCAAAUUGACAAACGGUCGACUGCCAAUCCGAGAAACGAGGUGGAAUUUGAAUUUGAAGAAGAAGGGGGUGAUGUGAAAGGACGCAGGCUGGUGGAUAGCUUCCCCUCUAGCCGGCUGGGUGAAGAACAAUCAGUGGAAGUAGUAGCUGACAGUUUUGACAGGUCUACGGAAGCCAGUGAUUUAGGAGGGAGAGUUGAGGCUGGUUUAUUUGAAAAUACUCCACAAAAUGAGCUGUCUACAGACCCUAUCGAGAGUUCAGCUGGCAAUAACUUGGGCCUACAGCAAAAGCCCAACUCAGAGGCCACAUGCCAAGCCCGUGACAAUGAACAACAAGUGGGAGGGCAGAUAUGGGCUAACCAGUUGAAUGAUACAACCAAAAGUAUGGAAAAUGAGUCCAGAAUUGAGCAAGAAUCUGUUCCGCAGCGUGAGCAACAGCAGCAGAGGCAAGAGAAAAAAGGGAAGUCGCUGGGAAACAAUAGAGAGUUCUGGGCAGAUUUGCAAAGUGAGGAAGAAAGUGAAAAAGGGUGGAUGGCUGCAAGUAACAAAGAUCGAAAAAAAAGAAAAAAGAAGAGAGCAAAGUCGUGCAAAGCUGUGUAUCAAAAAGCAAGUCUUCAACGAAUUUUGAUGCAGAGAGAGAAGAAUAGAUCUGCAGUAAAAGAGAAGAAAGCAUGGCGAGAAGAUAUCCCAAAGUUUCAGCCGGGCAUGAACAAUGAAGUUGCAGGGGGUUCGGUGGGAGAUAGUGGUAUACAGAAUCGAAAUAGAUUGUUGAAGGAACACCCAAGUCGCAGAAUUGCAGAGGAGCUGUGGGAUUUUGCUAGGAAAAUUGGGGUUGUGGCUGAAAAUGAGGAACAAAUCAUCAACAAGCUUGAUGAAAUGGAGGUGCGUGAUAGAAGAGCAAAGGAAGCGGACUGCUCAAAAGAUCCGAAGAAGAAACAGAAGUUAAGGGAUUUAGUGAGUAAAGAAAAAAUUGAUUUUUUGGCUUUACAAGAAACGAAGGUGACAGGGAUAGAUAGAAAAACAUGUAAAAUGGUGUGGGGCACAGAAGACUUCGGUUGGGUUGCAAAGGAUGCAUGUGGGUUGUCUGGAGGUAUACUCUGUGUAUGGAAUUCUAAAUCUCUCACAAUGUCUAGAGUAAUAGAGGGUGAGAAUUUUAUAGGAAUAGAAGGGGUAUGGGGUCCUGAGGGGGUUGUUGUUUUCAUUCUAAAUGUGUACUCCCCGUGCCAGUUAUCAGGGAAGAGAGUUUUAUGGGCAGAGCUGAAAAAUUUGAUAUUAGAUAGACAAGGCUACUGGUGUAUUGCAGGGGAUUUUAAUGCAGUUAGGAAUGAAGAGGAGAAAAAGGGUAGUAGAGGAGUUACAAUUGAGAUGAGAGAGUUUAAUAACUUUAUACAAGAAACAGAAUUGGUGGAUAUUCCUCUUGUGGGUAGAAAAUUCACCUGGUACCAGUCUAAUGGGAACAGUAUGAGCAGAAUAGACAGAUUUCUACUAUCGGAAGGGUGGUUGACAAAGUGGAGUGAAGCCAGACAAUGGGGCCUUAGUAGAACAGUGUCGGAUCAUUGCCCCAUCCUACUCAAACAUAAGCAUAUUGACUGGGGGCCUAAGCCAUUUAAGUUUUUCAAUGCAUGGUUUCAGCAAGAAGGUUGCAUGGAGUUGGUUAAAGAGGUGUGGGGGUCGGCAAACAUUCAAGGAUGGGCAGGGUUUCAACUUAAGGAAAAGCUGAAAUUGACAAAGGAAGCUUUGAAAAGGUGGAGCAAAACACUUCUCCCAGUUAUUGAUGCCAAAAUAGACAAGGCUACUACAGAGAUAGCACAAAUUGAUAAGAAGGGGGAAGAGGUACAGCUGUUGGAGGAAGAAAUCAUAAAAAGAAGAGAGGAUUUCCUACUUCUAUGGGAAAGCAUGAAGAGCAAGGAAAGUAUGCUGCAGCAGAAAUCUAGAAAGGCAUGGUUGAACCUCGGCGACGCCAACACAAGUUUCUUUCACAAGUGCAUCAAGGGGAGAUGGAGAAGAAAUGAGAUGACUUCUAUACAAAUCAAAGGAACACAAAUUCUGUGUGCCAGCAGAAUGAAGGAGGAGAUUGCUUCCUUUUUUGAAGACAUAUUCAAAGAAGAACAGUGGGACAGACCAAAGCUAGAAGGGGUGAGCUUCAAGCAGAUUUCACAGUUAGAAAAUGACCAUCUGGUUGGAGCUUUCAGUGAGGAAGAGAUAGAUGCAGCGGUGCGGGAGUGUGAUAGUUCAAAGGCGCCUGGACCAGAUGGAUUCAAUUUCGGCUUUGUCAAGAAUGUGUGGGAGCUAAUAAGGGUAGAUGUAAUCAGAUUCUUGCAUGAAUUCCAUAAAAAUGGUAAGCUGGUUAGAGGACUUAACACAUCUUUCAUUGUCCUUGUGCCGAAAGUGGAUAGCCCACAGAAGAUAGAGGAAUAUAGACCCAUCUCCCUCAUUGGUGUAAUGUAUAAAAUCCUUGCAAAGCUUCUUGCUAACAGGUUAAAGGUGGUCCUUGAUGAGAUUGUCGGUGAACAACAGAUGGCAUUUAUUAGAGGAAGGCAACUAAUGGAUGGAGUAGUGGUAGCAAAUGAGGUGAUUGAUGAUGUAAAGAAGAAGAGGAAGGAGACAUUCUUGUUCAAGAUCGACUUUGAAAAGGCGUAUGAUAAGGAACUGGAUCAUGGAAUGUCUGAGAACAAACCUUGUAUCAAUUCUGGUUAAUGGCAGCCCAAC